GAGUGUGGUCAAUCGGUGUUCCGUCGCUUAUGGAGGGAUGCGUUUGUAUAUAGUGCUUGUAUAUUUUUUUGUAUGGGUUUGUUUUGUUUGUCAUUUCUUACCUUCGCCGCGCGUAACUGCAAUACACGGAAACGAGCCGAAUAAGAGGCGGGUUUUUUUCUCUCCUACCAUUCUUUAUUUACGCACGGAGCAGCUUGCACAUUUAUAGCCAUAUUAAUAUAGCCAUAAAAAAAACAAAAAACGCAUAUUUUUACCAAAUAAUCUCGACACCGGGCUUUUUCUCCCCCACCACACUCUGGCGGGUCCAACCCCGAGGACGGACUGUUAAUCUUUGACAGAGCGCAUCGAAACUCAUAAUCCAGAGAUGGCACGGCUAUUGUUUCUGAUUCUUCUCUGCGCUCUUCCGUCUCUUGUUGUGCCCAUACAUAAUUCAUCAACUGGAGGUUGUGCCAUCAUCCGGCCUCCAAGGGAUGGGGGGAUUCGCUACAGAGGCCUCACACAAGAACAGAUCCGCAGUGUGCAGAUCCUUCCUGUGGAUUAUGAGAUUGAGUACAUCUGCAGAGGAAACCGGGUGAUCGUGGGGCCCAAGGUGAGGAAGUGCUUACCCAACGGCACAUGGACGGACAUUGCACAGAACAGCACAUGCCUGCUGCUGUGCGCGAGAGUGUGGACGUCGCUGGAGAACGGCCGGGUGAUGGCGAAGCCCCCUGGGCCGCCAGUGGAAGGCACGGUGCUCCAUUACAGCUGCCACGCUGGCUUCAUCCUGGAGGGCAGAAACAUCAGCCACUGCACUAAACUGGGGAAGUGGGACGCGCCCAAGCCCACCUGCCUCUAUGACAGAAACUACACAGGCAAGAAGAAGCUGUACAUCGGAGCCCUGUUCCCCAUGAGCGGCGGCUGGCCGGGCGGCCAGGCGUGCAUGCCCUCCGCUCAGAUGGCCCUGGACCUGGUGAACAACAGGAGCGACAUCCUGCCCGACUAUGAGCUGGAGCUCAUCCACUACGACAGCAUGUGUGACCCAGGGGAAGCAACCAAGUUGCUGUACGACCUUCUGUACACCGAGCCCAUCAAGAUUGUCCUGAUGCCCGGCUGCAGCGGCGUCUCUACACUGGUGGCUGAAGCUGCUCGCAUGUGGAACCUCAUAGUGCUGUCCUAUGGCUCCAGCUCACCGGCUUUAUCCAACCGUCAGCGGUUCCCCACCUUCUUCCGCACGCACCCAUCGGCCACCCUCCACAACCCCACCAGGGUGCGGCUCUUCCAGAAGUGGAAGUGGACCCGCAUCGCCACCAUCCAGCAAACCACCGAAGUCUUUACCUCAACUCUGGACGAUCUGGAACAGAGGACGAAGGAGGCAGGCAUCGAGAUCAGCGUUCGCCAGAGUUUCCUCACCGACCCGGCUGUUGCUGUCAAGAACCUCAAGCGCCAGGAUGCAAGGAUCAUUGUGGGGCUCUUUUAUGAGACCGAAGCCAGAAAGGUGUUUUGUGAGGUGUUCAAGGAGAAGCUCUACGGGAAGAAGUAUGUGUGGUUCCUGAUUGGCUGGUACGCCGACAACUGGUUCAAGAUCAAAGACCCGGCCAUCAACUGUACAGUGGAGAACAUGACGGAGGCCGUGGAGGGACACGUGACCACCGAGAUCGUCAUGCUGAACCCAGAGACUGUCCGCGGCGUCUCCAAUAUGACGUCGCAGGAGUUUAUCUCCGCCUUGAUGUCUCGUCUUGGAGGGAUGAACCCCGAGGAGACUGGCGGGUUUCAGGAGGCACCUCUGGCCUACGACGCAGUGUGGGCCCUGGCCCUUGCCCUCAAUAAGACAGUCGCACCGCUGAAGGCCAAGGGCAGACGUCUGGAGGACUUCAAUUAUAACAACCACGACAUCACCGCCGAGAUCUACAGAGCCCUCAACACAAGCUCCUUCGAAGGUGUCUCGGGCCAGGUGGUGUUUGACGCCCAGGGUUCCAGGAUGGCAAUGACUCUCAUCGAACAACUGCAAGGAGGCAGCUACAAGAAGAUCGGUUAUUACGACAGCUCUCAGAAGAACCUCUCCUGGUUUGGAAAUGAUGUUUGGAUAGGCGCCGGACCUCCGGCUGAUCGAACUGUGGUGAUUGAAGAGUACAGGUUCCUGUCUCAGAAACUGUUUGCGGCCGUGUCCGUCUUCGCCGGCCUCGGCAUCCUGUUCGGCAUCGUCUGUCUCACCUUCAACAUCUACAACGGAAACGUCCGCUACAUCCAGAACUCUCAACCCUACCUCAACAACAUGACAGCGGUGGGCUGCAUGAUGGCUCUGGCUGCAGUCUUCCCGCUGGGCAUUGAUGGUCACCACGUCCACAGAUCACAGUUCCCUGUCGUGUGCCAGUUCCGCCUGUGGCUCCUCGGCCUCGGCUUCAGCCUGGCCUACGGCAGCAUGUUCACCAAGAUCUGGUGGGUCCACACCCUCUUCACAAAGAAGGACGAAAAGAAGGAGAAGAAGAAGCAACACUUGGAGCCAUGGAAACUCUACGCAACAGUUGGAGUGCUGCUGGCUAUCGACUUCCUGUCACUCAUGAUUUGGCAGAUUGUGGAUCCUCUGCACAUUACGGUCGAGAAGUUCACUAAGGAGGCCCCUAAAGAAGAUUUGGAUGUCCUGAUUCAGCCCUUGUUGGAGCACUGCAGCUCAGAGAAGAUGAACACAUGGCUCGGUGUGGUUUAUGGCUACAAGGGUCUGCUGCUGCUCCUGGGCAUAUUCCUGGCUUACGAGACCAAGUCUGUCUCCACAGAAAAGAUCAAUGAUCAUCGGGCGGUGGGGAUGGCUAUUUACAACGUUGCUGUAUUGUGCCUGAUCACGGCUCCGGUGACUAUGAUACUGUCUUCGCAGCAGGACGCCUCCUUUGCCUUUGCCUCUCUGGCUAUAGUCUUCUCUGCCUACAUCACUCUGGUGGUGCUUUUUGUACCCAAGAUGCGGCGUCUCAUCACCCGCGGCGAGUGGCAGUCGGAGCAACAGGACACCCUGAAGACCGGCUCGUCGACCAACAACAACGACGAGGAGAAAUCCAGGCAGCUGGAGCGAGAGAACAGGGAGCUGCAAAAGAUCAUCCAGGAGAAAGAAGAGAGGGUAUCCGCACUCCGCAACCAGCUGGCUGAGCGUCAGGCUCUACGUAACCGCCGCCGACCCUCCACCGGCCAGAACCAGAACCACAACGCCCCGCCGCCCUCGUCCCAGCCGGAUCCCAAGUCUCUGCUUCCCCCGCCCGGCUACCCCAACCCCACCACGGACAAUCACUCCCUCCCGCCCUCCUUCUCCAACUCCUCCAACCUCUACCCGGCAGACAGCAAGAUGAGCCGCAACCACUGUCACAACAGCCAGAUCCCACUGCUGUAUAAAUAGGCGAGGCACGGGACGGGUACGGGGACGGGGUGGGUGUGGGUCAGUCACACAGUGCACACAGGGGACACAAAACACAAGGAGACACUGUGACUUUCACUUGUUUUGGCGGUGAGCACAGCGGUGUUUAACACUAAAAUACACCUCGGAAGAAUAAAUAUGUACAAACGUGUGCUUUACAGUUCGGGGGAGAGUCACGCAGGUAACACCCGUCCUAACCGUUUUGAUCUCACUGUGUUCAACUCAGCAACAAGGCACUUGUGACUGGUCGCCGCGGUGACAGGCACAUCUCCAGACUAGCAGUACUCGCGGUGAAUGGAUAGAUCUCUUCAUCGUUACACUCCCUCAUUCGUUAUCUCUGCUAGGUUGUUGAGACACUGCGCUGAGGAUCUUGAAAAAGUUUGUGUAUGUGUCUUUGCGAUAUCGUCUCCAUCCUUUGUCUUUUUCGAGUUUGUGGACUAGAUAAGCACAUACAGUACAGUAGUGGUUUAUAUUGUUCUUCAAUAUCUGUUCCGUCAUUGGAGUUGUCGUUCAAUAAUUUGUUUACUUUUCCGGAGAAUUGUGAAAACUGAAAUUUACAAAGGACAAAGCAAUGUGCUUUUUUUUUUUUUUUGCACGAUGUUUCCUCUGAAGGACGUCUGUGCGGAAAACUGGUGUCCCUGAGAAGUGAUAAUGUUCAUUAUUAAAUAGCCAUACUUUAGAAGGGCCAAGGAGCUUGGCAUGUUUAAUUGUCUGAUGUCUGGAUGGUGCGUUCAUGUACAGCGUUGCAUCAUCAACUUCCUUCGCUGACCUACAGACCUGUUUUAAAGGAGAUUUUUGCCAUUUGGAAUAAUAUUUGUAUCUCUUUAGCAGUAAAAUACAGAAGUGGCCAUCAAAUAAUUCCCGCACCCUCCAUCUAAAAUAUCAUGUAGAUUUCACUGGCCUUCUGCUGCAGCCACAGUCACUGCAGCGGAUUCAUAUAUUGUGUUGGUCAUAACUGAGAUUGAUAUUUUGAAGAAGAAAAAAAUCCCAAACUAUGAAACUCAACUUGGCAAAAGAACAGUUUGUGCUUUCUGCCUCCUGAACAUAAAAAGCCAAUUUAUAUUUGUACAGCGGCAGCAGUGUGGUGAGAUGUGGGGCGUCUACGAUGGCUAGUUCUGUAGAUAUUCAGAGAAAGCACAGUUUUUAUGUGAAUUUGUUACAUUUUUUAGUUAAAAAAAGGAUGUUUUAUGUUUCCCAUAACAGACAAUCUGGAUGGAUGCUCUUUUUUUCUACUUUCCUUUCUCAGUUUGCCUUUGAAAAACUGUAAAUGUAUCAAAGUGGGAUAUAAGUAAUGUGACAUACAGUAUAUACGGUGUGGAUGUACUAUUUCAUUCAACUAGCUAUUUCCAGAUUUUAUAAAGCAAUGAUACCUGAACAGCUCUAUCGGCGGGUAAAAACAAUACUUUGUCAAAGGAUUAUAAAAUAUAAAAUAUAUUUUUCAGUGUGCACUUUAAACUGAACAAACUACGGUUAUUUCACUUAAUGUUGCUGUCAUUCUAAUUUUUAGCUCAGGGUAUGGAGAGGGAUGGUCAUAAAUGAAUGAAAUAGGCUGUAGUUAUUAACUGUGCAGUUCCUGGGUCAGAUAGUGUAACAUAUGAAUGCAGAAAUGAACAAGGAAAUGUUCUAUUAUCUUGCACAUAUAUGAAAAUAUACAUGGAUUUUGGGAUAUUUGUAUUCACUAUAUCGAAGAUCUUAAAUGUUAAUAUAUUUCAGAGUAUGUGUAUGCGAAUAUAUGGAUACCCUAAAUAAAGUAAUCGUUUUUUUCA